AUGACCACGCCCGAAUUUAUGCAACAUCAAGUUCGUCGGUGGCAACUAUUAGAAAAGUACAAUUGCGAAAAUAACGCGACGAUAUGGGAAAAAUUCAAGAUUAUCAUCCAGGCUCUCUACGACAUGGAGUUCAUUCUGGAUGACGAAAAGUUUUACUUCUGUCAUCUCGACCUAUACGCGCGAAACAUGCUUGUAGAGAUCGAAGACGACUCAACGCUAAGACUGACUGGGUUACUGGACUGGGAUGCUGAAUUUGCGCACUUCUGUCCCAAAUUCGUCGCCUACCGUGCGCCAUUCUGGUUAUGGCUAUCGAGAGAUCAAAACGAAUACGAUGAGAUGAUUGCCGCGGACACGCCGGUAGAUGCAGAUCUCCAGCAUUUGAAGAUAUUAUGGGAAGAUGUGGCGAGUGAUGAGUGGAAGCGGUAUGCUUACACACCUGAGUACUUGAUUGCGAGGAGGAUAUUUACGAGACUUCGAAAUGGUAUAUGUUGCGUUGGGGACAAGAAUGAUGCUAGGUCUAUUAUCGAUGAUUGGCAAAAGCUCCAUUACGAUCAGAAGCUCACGACAGUGCACUCGGAUGAUGAUGAUUCGUACGGAUCGGGAUAUGGAGAUCGAGAUCAUAAACGAUGA